AUGGCGGAAAACAUUUCAGAUGCUCUACCACCUCCUCCAUCAUAUCAGACUGCCAUAAGUGUGACAUUUGGUAGGAAUGCUGUAUCUAUGGUUUGUCCAUAUUGCUACCGUCAGGUUGUUACAAGAACUUCUCCCAAAUGUGGACCAAUCACGCAUUUUUUGACUCCUGCAAUGUUCUUGCUCGGAUGCUGGUUGUGCUUUCUCAUUCACCUUUGUCUGAGAUCAUGCAAGGAUAUCGAGCAUGUUUGUCCAAACUGCGGCAAAAUUCUGGGAAUCUACCAUAAGGGAACUUAAACACUCAUCUCCAAAAACUUCUUGUCCUUAUUAAGUUACUGAUUGUCGAUCCAAUUAGUUAUGUUAGCUUUUGCUCUAUUUUGUUAUCAAAAAGGUUGUUCCUCCCAACACAUCUACUCGUACAACAUGUUUUAAAGGGCCGCUAUUUAACGACUUGACUUUGUUUGUAUCACUUGUGUAACGGCUCUGCUCUUC